AUGGUGCGCUCCUUGAAGUCCGGCAACAAAUUAGUUGCAGUAUACGGAAAGUUCGUUUACGGCAAAAGGAAAGAUCUGAAGAUUGGUAGCCGUUAUUUGUGCACUAGUUCCAGAGCCAGAGAUUGCAAGGCUUCUAUAAUAAUACACGAGGGGAGGGUUAUCAAAGUGUACGAUACUGCUCACAGUCAUCCACCUCCAAGCUUCAUAUGUAGGAAAGGAAUCCUGACAGGAGCUGGUAGAAACCUAGCUAUAUUAAACGGGUACACAUAUGGAAGGCAGUGCCAGUUGAGACAAGGCGAGCGGUGGCGGUGUACCGGUCGCUCGGCUCGACAGAAAUGCAAUGCCUCAUUUAUGUUAGACGAAAUGGGUACUUUAAUUAAGUCUAACACCGUUCACACUCAUAGCCGCCCAAGUUAUGAUUUUGGAAUUGGGAUAUAUGAGUACAAGGACAAAGACGUUAGCCAAAGCCCAAACCUUGAUAUCUAUGUUAAAGGGGAUGCGGUCACAAAAUCAGACAUGCACUCAGCAGGCACGCCUCGUUAUAUUCGCAACGAACGCGGUACCAUUUACAUACUACUCGACGGUUAUACGUACGGGAAACAUACGGCUGUGAAGGCGGGACAUCGUUGGCAGUGCACAACGAGGAACACCUGCAUAGCAUACUUGAUCAUCACCGAAGAUGGAACUGUGCUGAAAAGAACUAAUCAUACGCACGCACCGCCGGAGUACUUUGUCAAAAACGACAUAUACAUAAACCUCGUGGAAUUCAUCAGGACAGGAGCUGGUAGAAACCUAGCUAUAUUAAACGGGUACACAUAUGGAAGGCAGUGCCAGUUGAGACUAGGCGAGAGGUGGCGGUGUACCGGUCGCACAAGUCGGCAGAAAUGCAAUGCCUCAUUUAUAUUAGACCAAAUGGGCUUUAUAAUUAAGUCUAACACGGUUCACACUCAUGGCCGCCCUAGUUAUGAUUUUGGAAUUGGAAUUGACCUUUGUGUAAAAGUGGUUCAUAUAAGUAUUUGCACAGAUAAUUUUUGUUUAGGAAACGCGAAAGCUCUCACCCCUGCAGAAAAGGCUAAAAAACAUAGAGAGAAACUAAAAAACGAUCCUAAAAAGUUCUUAAAGUUUAAAAAGAAACAUGCGGCCCUAGUAAGACUUAAAACAAAGAAAAUAGGGGAACUGAAUGAAGAAGAAAAAGAAAAAAGACGCCGAGCAUGGAGAGAUCAAAAACGAAAGCAAAAGAAAAUAAAAACACAUAAUAUCCUCUUGAACGUCAGUACUAAUGGCUUAUACAGUAACAUCGACCUUAAAACAAAACCUUAA